AUGUCAAUUAAUGGAAUAAUUUCACCUGCAACCAUACGAUGCUUUCAGCAUGGGAAAUUGUAUACAAUUAAACGCUUAAUUCAUGUGUUGAUUCAAUUUAUUCCACACUAUGAAAAAGCUCACGCUAUGCUGUGGAAGAUGAAGAUACAGAAAGAAAGCAUAAAAAUUGUUUUUGAUAAGAUAAAUGAUGAAAACUUUACUUUUCAGAAAAUUGUAAGAGUGAUGAUAACAGCGGCGUCACCUCCAUUAAGGUGUGGGUGUCAACAGCUUAAUGGAUUGAAGAAUGAAUGA